AAUUCCCUGAGCAACAGGAGGCACACCGGUUUGUGGCGGCACAGCUCUCUGUACAGCCCCCCAAGAAAUACACAUUCAUCAACAACGCCACAGGCCAUGUGGAAGCAUGAUAUUUUCCCUCUUUAUUAUUAACUCCUCCUUAUUAUAUAUUCUAGGAGAUGUGCAUUCGGCGGUGUCCUCUGUCUUAUAUCUAGAUGAGCGUGCAUUUAUCAAUCUCUCUCUCUCUCUCUCUUUUUUGCCACCUAUGGAAUCGGGUUGUCACUUUUGGAUGGAUGGUCUUUUUAUUUUUUGGACAUGCAUAUGGACCCAGGACUCUGGAAACGUCUGGUUCUUACAUACUUGGUUUCAGUCUUUACCAUGUAUUUAUCGACUAAUAUAUAAUGCGAGUCAUCGCUACUCGGUGGCCAAGUCAGAACUAUGAGCAUAGCAUACUAUGACAAAUACUUAUCCUGACUUUGUCUCUUACUUUGAAACCGUUUUUCCUGGUUUAGUCUUUGAUAUGAAAUGGAUAUGUUGAAGUAUAACAGGCAGGUAAAAAUACCUCAACC